CUACGAGCCAAACUACUUUCACGCUUCCACUCGGUCUCCGCGCAGCAUACCGACGCUUAUCCACUCUGCGCAGCUAGAAGUUCUUCUCGCUCACCACUACACUCAACAUCUGGAAACUCCACCCCAAAAGGAAAGAACAAUCCUAAUAGCGACCCCACCUCGCGACAGUCGAGCGACGUUACCCAACACCACACAGGAGAAGAGCAGGAGCACAUAUCCAACAUGUCUCUAACGAAUUGCCGAUUCUACGAGGAGAAGUACCCGGAGGUGGAGAGCUUCGUCAUGGUCAACGUGAAGCAGAUCGCCGAGAUGGGCGCAUACGUCAAGCUGCUAGAAUAUGACAACAUCGACGGCAUGAUUCUGCUUUCCGAACUCUCGCGAAGACGUAUUCGAUCCAUCCAGAAGCUCAUCCGAGUUGGCCGCAACGAAGUCGUCGUCGUACUCCGUGUAGACAAGGACAAGGGUUACAUUGAUUUGUCGAAGCGCCGAGUUUCGCCUGAGGACAUCGUCAAGUGCGAGGAGCGAUACAACAAGUCAAAGAUGGUACACAGCAUCAUGCGCCACGUCGCCGAGAAGACGCAGACACCUAUCGAGGAGAUCUACCAGACCAUUGGCUGGCCGCUGAACAAGAAGUACGGACACUCGAUCGAUGCCUUCAAGCUCAGCAUUACGAACCCCGAGGUCUGGAACGAUGUCACAUUCCCCAACGACGUUGUCAAGGAGGAGUUGCAGAGCUACAUUGGCAAGAGGCUGACACCGCAGCCGACCAAGGUCCGGUCAGACAUUGAGGUCACCUGCUUCGGAUACGAGGGUAUCGACGCCGUCAAGACCGCCCUGCGAUGCGCCGAGGCCAAGAACACCCCCGAGAACCAGGUCAAGGUCAAGCUCGUAUCGCCACCUCUUUACGUCCUCACCUCGCAAUGUCUCGACAAGAACGCCGGUAUCGCAUGCCUCGAACAAGCCAUCGUCGACAUCAAGGAGAACAUUUCAGCGGCCGGAGGCGACUGCCAGGUCAAGAUGGCACCCAAGGCUGUCACCGAGAACGACGAUGCCGAGCUGGCGGCGCUCAUGGAGAAGCGUGAGCGUGAGAACCAGGAAGUCAGCGGUGACGAGGACGAGAGCACGAGCGAUGAGGGCGGUGUUGCUGAGGCCGAUUAAGCGGCUGGGAGAGGAUUUGCAUACGAGCGAUGAUGAUAAUGAAGACCAAGGGUAUCUGCAAAAAGUGGGCAUGGGCGUUUGAGGCGUCGAUAUGGUGGUUCACGAGCAUGCAUGCAAAGGCGUCUCGGCAUGUACAGCACCUUGUCUUCAGCCACAUGCAUAUAUGCGUUUGAGCAUAGAGGGAGUGUUAGACCAAGCGGAUUCAGCAGCAAAUCAACAAUGAAUAUGCACUCAAGUCCCAU